UGUAAUAGCUUAGCCUUUUAGCUUUCGUACUCGAACGUCUGCGUCAUUCACUUGACAUUCCAACGGUCUCUGUUAACCUUAACGAAAUAAGCAGGAGCGCAACAACUUCUUUUAGCGAAAAAGUGUAAUAUCAAAUCAACGAGUGGCUCACCGUGUAUGUCGCCUCGCGAGUGAGCAUUCCAUUUGUUGUGUCGCAUGCGAUGACGUCAAACUAGUGUGUCCCAGGCGUGUGUUUCAGCAAGACAUGUCGUCUCUGUGUGGCACGGGCGACGACUGCACAGAUGCAGAUGAAAAAUCCCUGAAGAAGCAGGAUCAGGAGCACCCACGUCUCCUAAUUCCGGAACUCUGUCGACUGUUCUACCAGCUGGGAUGGGUAACAGGAACUGGUGGAGGGAUCAGCUUGAGAAGAGGAGAUCAGAUCUUCAUUGCACCAUCAGGCGUCCAGAAAGAAAGAAUACAGCCUGAAGACAUGUUUGUGUGUGAUUUGCAAGAGCGGGACAUCUGCUGUCCACCUGCCUGGAAGAAGUUAAAAAAAAGCCAGUGCACCCCUCUUUUUAUGAACGCCUAUCAUAUGAGGGGGGCUCAUGCUGUGAUACAUACCCACUCCAAGGCUGCGGUGAUGGCCACGUUGCUGUAUCCCGGUAAAGAGUUCAGAAUAACACACCAGGAGAUGAUCAAGGGGAUUCGCAAAGGCUCUUCAGGCUCCAACUAUCAAUAUGACGACACCCUGGUGGUGCCAAUUGUUGAGAACACGCCAGAAGAGAAGGAUUUGAAGGAUCGCAUGGCUCGAGCGAUGGAGGAAUACCCGGAGUCAUGCGCCGUUCUGGUGCGCAGACACGGAGUGUAUGUGUGGGGUGAGACAUGGGAGAAAGCCAAGACCAUGUGCGAGUGCUACGAUUAUCUGUUCGACAUCGCCGUCCAGAUGAAACAGUGCGGCCUGGAUCCGUCCGCUCUGCCUACAGAAGAGAAAGGGAUAAUUUGAUGCUACUGUUGUCAUGUGCCAUUUGAACCAGAGAGUGUGUUGAAAUAAAAGAAAAAAGGCUGUGCGUCAAAGAGCAUUUUGGACAAGUGUCUUGCCAAGUGUCCAGCAGCCAAAACCAACCCUGAUCAGAACUUUGGAGUUAUAAAUGCUAACCUGCGCAAAUCAAGUGUUAUUCAGCAUAUUUUGUUAUUAAUACCUCAUUUAUAUCACAGUUGUCUUCCUGUGCCGGUGUCAAAUAUUUGUAUUUUAAUAUUUCACUUAUUUCACAGAAACACAAUGUUUCCCCUAUAAGUGUUACAGUGCUGCAAUGCGAGUCAAUUCAAUGUGAGUAGUGCUACUGAGAGUGUAUAUGCACAAAUGUUGAAGGUUAGCUAGCUAGCUAGAACUGUCGCGCCACCUUCUCCUUGAAAUAUGGAUUUGUCCUGUGUUUGACAUGGAAAUAAAG